AUGAGCCAGCAUGACCGGGACUCGCCCAUACGUCAGAGCUACGAUCUCACGAAGGGACUCAAGCGCUUCACGGAUUGGAGUGUAUCGGACACCGAAAGCUUUCGAUCGACAGAAAAGAAAUACUCACUCGUUACGAAGAUGAUUGCCGAGUUUCUUGGCGAUUUUACUUUCGUUUUUGUAGGAACGAUGCAAGCGGUUGUGGUGACGGGUUCAGGAAAUCAAAGUAUUGUUGCUGACAAUAUUGUUCAUGCAGCAUUGGCUCACGGCUUCACAAUUUUUAUACUAGUUGCGGCUUUAGGACAUAUAAGAAGCACGGCUUACUCCCAAAAAGACUGUUCGAUUCCAUGCACUUCACCCUUCGUUACGUUGAUCGCUAGGCGUGAAUAUUCCAGUGGUGGUCAUUUCAAUCCAGCGGUUACAUGGGCAGUUGCAGCAGCUGGCAAAAUGCCAAUCUAUCAUGUACCGUUCUAUUGGUUCGCUCAACUACUUGGAGGUUUCUGCGGGUCACUGUACUCUGUUCUUAUAAUGACCCAAAAACAACUUGACGGUUCUUACGCCGGUGCAACGCUGCUCAAUCCGGACAACAAAUGGUGGGAAGGAAUGAUGAGUGAAGCUGUCGUCACAUACUUCCUUUGCCAUACGAUACUCCUCACUGCGGCCGACACUAAUACCAACAUUUUGGCUCCAUUAGCCAUCGGUCUAACACUCAGUAUCGAUAUUUUAUCAACUGGAUCGAUUACCGGAGCGUCAAUGAAUCCAGCACGAUCUCUGGGACCAAACAUUGUCGGCCAGAUAUUCCUUGAUUCGAAUUCGAUCCCGGCACAUUUUUGGAGCUAUCACUACAUCUACUGGGCCGGACCAUUCAUGGGCGCUACUGUAGCUGUUGUUCUGUACAAGUACGUUUUUAUUACGAUUAUUGAGCGUGAAAAAAUUGCCUUCCCAUCUCAAGGAGGAGGAAAAUUGCCUCUUAAGUGA